AAAACACCGCUAGAUUUGUAGUUUGGGAUUUAUAAAUUCACAAGCACAAAUUAAACGUAUGUGCAGUCGCUAGCAUUUUUUUUUUGCGGGUGUAUAAGAUAUGAAUAUUGUUUCGGGCUAACGAGCCCGAUACGUUAUUGUAUAAGAAGUGAUUCCGGUUCAGUGGGAAGGUUUGAACUGCUCUCAGGAAAGAAGUGACCAUUGUUGUAAUCAGGUCGAGGCUGUUAUCGCUCCCACUUGCUGACUUUCCUGGUGUGUGUGGGUUUUUUUUACGUGUUUACGGCAGACACAGUGCGACCUUUUUUUAAGAUUGUCAUGAAAGAAAUGUCAAGCACCAUGCCUGGUGGGCAGCAGCCUCAGAAACACUACGGCAUCACCUCCGCCAUUAGCCUCGCACCCCCACGAGAAAUAGACCACCAGUACACCAAGAAACUCUGUGAUGCUAUGAAACCUUUUGGGGUGUUUGAAGACGAAGAGGAAUUGAACCACAGACUUGCCGUUCUUGGGAAGUUGAAUAACUUUGUUAAAGAGUGGAUUGCAGAGAUCAGUGAAUUAAAGAACCUUCCACCAUCGGCUAUUAGCUGUGUUGGAGGCAAGAUAUUUACAUUUGGUUCGUACCGGCUUGGAGUUCACACAAAAGGAGCUGAUAUUGACGCCUUAUGUGUGGCUCCACGUCACGUAGAGAGAAGCGACUUUUUCCAGUCUUUCUUUGAGAAAUUGAAACAGCACGAAGAGAUUAAAGAUCUCAGGGCUGUUGAGGAUGCUUUUGUACCGGUGAUAAAAUUCAAAUUUGAUGGAAUUGAGAUUGAUCUGCUUUUUGCCAGACUGGCCUUACAGUCCAUCCCAGACAACCUGGACCUGAGGGGCGACUCCAUCCUGAGAAACCUGGACAUUCGGUGCAUUCGCAGCCUUAACGGUUGUCGAGUAACUGAUGAAAUUUUGUACCUGGUGCCAAACAAAGAAAACUUCAGACUGACAUUGAGAGCGAUUAAACUGUGGGCGAAACGUCGGGGGAUCUACUCCAACAUGCUGGGCUUCCUGGGUGGAGUCUCGUGGGCCAUGUUGGUGGCCAGGACCUGCCAGCUCUAUCCCAACGCUGUGGCUGCCACGCUCGUCCAUAAGUUCUUCUUGGUCUUUUCCAAAUGGGAAUGGCCGAAUCCUGUGCUAUUGAAACAGCCUGAAGACAGCAAUCUGAAUUUACCUGUGUGGGAUCCUAGAGUGAACCCCUCCGACAGAUACCACCUGAUGCCCAUCAUCACCCCCGCGUACCCACAACAGAACUCCACGUACAACGUCUCCACGUCGACGCGCACCAUCAUGAGCGAGGAGUUCAAAUACGGCCUCAGCGUCACAGACGAGAUCCUUCAGGGCAAAGCUGAAUGGUCCAAACUCUUUGAGCCACCAAACUUUUUCCAAAAGUACAAGCAUUACAUUGUUCUGACUGCCAGCGCGUCCACAGAAGAAAACCACCUAGAAUGGAUCGGUCUGGUGGAGUCAAAGAUCCGCGUCCUGGUGGGAAACCUGGAGAGGAACGAGUACAUCACCUUGGCUCACGUCAACCCCCAGUCCUUCCCCGGGUCCAAAGAGAACCGCAACGAGAACGACUUUGUGUCCAUGUGGUUUAUCGGGAUCAUCUUCAAGAAGGUGGAGAACGCAGAGAGCGUCAACAUUGACCUGACGUACGACAUCCAGUCCUUCACAGACACCGUCUACAGACAAGCCAACAACAUCAACAUGCUGAAGGACGGGAUGAAGAUUGAAGCGACGCACGUGAAGAAGAAACAGCUCCACCACUACCUUCCUCCUGAACUGGUGCAGAAGAAGAAGAGGAGCAUAGUGGAGUUGAACCGGAGCUCUAAUGGCGGGAGCUCUAAGCGGAUUUCUCUGGACAACAGUCACCUGGACAGCUCCAGAGACACAGACUCAGGGACCCCCUUUAGCUCCCCGACCAGCAAACCCUGCAAGCCUGCCUCCGACACAGAUGACAGCGUCAGUCCUCCCAAGCAGCUUUUCGUGGAGGCCUCUCCGCUGCCGGCCGCUGUUCCCACUGCUGCACCCACUGCUGCUGCAUCUGCUGCUGCAUCCGCUGCAUCUGCUGCUGCUGCUGCACCACCACCUACUGCCAAAGACCAGGGCAUGUCUAUCCCCGUCAUUGGCUCAAAGUCCGCGGCGAAAGCGAGGCCUCCUUCCCCGCCAGCCAGCAGCUCCGUCAGCGGCGCCGUGAAGCCCAACGCCACCAGCAGCCCCAGAGAGGAGCUCAACGGCCUGGACGACUCCGUCAACGGGGCUCCCGCCAACAGACCAGCCUCGCCCACACAGGAAGACCAGGCCAAGAGGCACACGGACACAGAGGUGGUGUUGAAUGACGACUCUGCAUUCAAAGAGCCUUAUCCACCAUCUGACCCACAUGGAGAUGGACCUAAUGUUACGCCUCUUUCUGGAUCAAAGGCAAAGCCCAUUCCAACCAUCGAUACCUCAAGAACACAGAGACUUCCCAGCAUGGAGCUGCCAGACGCCUCCUCACCGCUCCCAGCCAGCAACAGCUGUCGGGUCGUGAAAAAUUCCAUUAAACUGGCUCUCAACCGCCACAACAUCACACCUCCCAAGCCCCCGGUGUUUGAGGGCACCUUCACCACAGACGCUCCCACUGCCAGCGAAGAAAAGGGCAUGUCCAUUCCUGUCAUCGGCUCAAAACACGUGGCAUCCAAACACAUGGCGCCCCCCGUGGGCAGCUCCAUCCCGACGCUAGUGAGCCGAGGGGCCGACCCCCUGAACGGCGCCGGCGCCAAGAGACCCCUGUCCCCGACGCUGGAGGAGCAGAGCAAGAGGCUGAAAGAGACGGAGAAGGCCCGAAUCCACAUAGCCUGAAACGCGCUGGCGUCAGCCUGGAUUCAGACAAAAAAAAAACACAGAGGUGGGGCUUUAACGGUCGAAGAGUAAACUAGUGUGUUCAGGUCGGUCGGGGUCGGUCUGACGCGUGAAGCCGCCGCAGGACAAGACACCUCACCUCAAAUCUUUACCGAGAUUACAGAUUUGCCAGUGGAUAAGGGGGGGGGGAUUCGGUCGACGCUGUCGCACUUCGCCAGCGGGGAGGGUGUUUAAAACCCGGCUGUCACGGAGAUAUCACACGAGAACUAAAGCUGCAGUUUUUACUCCUCUCUCCUCUCUCUUCUCUGUCUUCUCUCUCUCUCUCUGUCUUUACAUGUACACAGUACAGAUGGAAAAUGAGCGGUUCUUCUUCUUCUUCUUCUUCUUCUUUUUUCGUUUUCCCCUUUUUUUUCCUCCCGGUAACACGUUUUAAAAAAAAAACAAACAAAAAAAACACAAAAAAAAAGAAGCAAAAACAGAACAUUUAUUGAUGCUUGCUACACACUCUUCUAGUGUAUUGCUGAUUUAUUAUAUUAUAUAUUUUUUUCAUCCCAUAUUUUUUUUUUCUUUUGUCCCAGACUGUACAGUAAAUGUUGUUGUACAUAAUAUUUUUGUCUUUAAAAAGGAAAAAAAAGAAGAAAAAAAGAGCAAAAAACAUCACUGUUAAGUCUUUUGACCAUUCUACUGUAGUUUUAUCUAAAAAGGAAAAAAAAUAUUGAAAAAAUGUAAUUUCUUUUCUUUUCUUUUUUUUUUUUCUAUACUGCUUGUCCAAAACAAAAACGUGUCUCCAGCCCUGUAGGGUUUUUUUUUUUUUUUUUUUUUUUUAUUUUGUAGACAUUGUACAGGUUUGGUUGCAGUCGUGAGGAGGAUUUAUAGAUUUACUGAGGGGGUUUUUGCCUGCAUGUGACGGAAAAUCACGAACUCACUGGACCAGCUCAGCUCCCCCCCCCCCCCUCCCCAAAGAGGAGGACUCCAGGUUAGUCUCUGGACUUGCAGUAAGUACGUACGGUGACGAUAAAAGCGACGUCGGAGCUUCUCAGGUGCCCGGUAAAGACGAGAACGUCCUCCUCCUCCUCCUCCUCACAGCCAGCGGCGGGAGGCCGGGGGGGGGGAGGAAGGAAGGGAGGGAGGGAGGAAGGAAGUGAGGGAGGAAGGAAGGGAGGAAAGGAGGGUGUGCAGAACAUCGACGAGAGAAUCAUAUCAGAAUCCUUCAGUUCAUCUGCGCUGACGAGUGGUCGAUGAGUUUUACCGUGUGUGUGUUCGAGGCCUAGAUGAGAAAAAAUAUAUAUAUAUAUGAAUAUAAAUAGUGAGCGCUGAACAGUUUUAGGCAGGAAAGUGUUUAAAUAUUUACCUGUUGUUGACGGAGACACAUAACUCUCUUAGUCCGUUCAGGAGGACUAGAUAACAAAAACAUAAACCCCACCACCACCUCCUCCUCCUCCUCCUCCUCCUCCUCCUCCUCCUCCUCUCCUCCACAUCGUGUGCUUGUGAAGCUUGAUAUAACCAGGUCCUGGUUGUGAACGCAUGUCAUGUCCAUUGGAAAGUUUGUUUUGUGUUUUGUGGCUGGGGGGGGGGGAGGAUGUGUGCAUGCAUAUUAUGGUCGACUGUGUGUGAGCGUUCAUUCAUUCAUUCAUAGAUGUUUGUGUUGGAGAGAGACAGAAUUCCCUUCGUUUUUUGGGUGUUAAACCCUCUGCGCCUCCUGUGGAGGUUCUUAAAAUAAAAAAAUAAUAAAAAAAAAAAGGCGUCUCCUGGUCCUGGGGUGGUGGUGAGGGGGGGAAAAUAAAAAAGAGAGAGGGGGGGGGUCAGGAGACAACCUUUUUCUUGCCUUGGGGCCCAACCCUCCAUCUUGAAGCUGGGUGUCUUUUCGUUUUUUGUUUUUGUUUCUUUUUUGUUUUGAUUGAUUUUCAGCACAGAGGAUGUAUGUAUACAGCGAAAUGUCAGAAGAUGCUGAGCGGGCGCCCGCUUCCUUCCUUCCUUCCUUCCUUCCUUCCUUCCCUGGAGCAGGUAGAGAGUUUGGACACAGGCUUUGUUGUUGUUGUUGUUUUUUUUUUCUUCCAGCGUCAGUUUCCCCAACUAAAUGUACAGAGAAACAGUUUUUU